AGAGAAGAAGAGAGAAAGCUGAGAAGUGUGUUUACUGGUCGAUUGAGAGAGAGAGAAAGAGAGAGAGAGAGAGAGAGAGAGAGAGAGAGAGAUGGCGAGCGACGAAGAGAACGGUAAGGGCUCUGCGGUAAGUUGGGGCUUGACAGCGAAGACCUGCGAUUCGUGUAAAUCGGCGGCAGCAUUACUCUUCUGCCGAGCUGACUCAGCCUUCCUCUGCAUAGGUUGCGACGGAAAGGUCCACGGAGCAAACAAGCUCGCUUCCAGGCACGAGCGGGUGUGGAUGUGCGAGGUCUGCGAACAAGUCCCAGCUAGCGUAACCUGCAAAGCCGACGCUGCAACUCUCUGCGUCACCUGCGAUCACGACAUCCACUCGGCAAAUCCGCUUGCUCGCCGACACGAACGAUUCCCAGUCGUCCCCUUCUACGAACCCGCCACCUCUGCAGUCAAAUCCAACGCCGUCAACCUCCAUUCUCUCGUCAAAUCUAACGGCGACGACGCCGACGCCGACGCUGACGCCGACAUUGAUGAUGACGAAGAUGACUUCAACGACACCGACGGUGACAGAGAAGAAGCCGAGGCUGCUUCGUGGCUGUUACCAAACCCUCACCCCAAUAAGCUCAUAGAAGCUCAGGACAUGAAAUCUGGAAACUCUUUCUUCUCAGACAUGGAUUCUUACCUGGAUCUCGACUAUGAAGCUCCUUCCAUGGUAACUGAUAGUGUAGUUCCCGUACAGACAAAACCCCUUGCUCUGCCAAUCAUCAACCCUUCUUCCGACGACUGCUAUGACGUCGAUUUAUGUCGAUCAAAGGCUUGUUACAGCUACACCUCCCCUACUCUCAGCCAGAGCGUUUCUUCGUCGUCACUUGAUGUGGGGGUUGUGCCUGAUAAUGGGAAUUCCAUGGCGGACAUAUCGAAUCCAUUUGGGAAGCACAUGACGAGUUCUGCAUCAAAUCAAGCGUCGCAGCUUUCGGGUUUGGACAGAGUAGCAAGGGUUUUGAGGUACAGAGAGAAGAAGAAGAACAGGAAGUUUGAGAAGACGAUUAGGUACGCCUCGAGGAAAGCUUACGCAGAGACAAGGCCGAGGAUCAAAGGAAGGUUUGCGAAACGGACUGAUAUUGAAGUCGAGGUUGAUACCCUUUACAACUCUGCUGCUGCUUUAAUGGCUGAUGCUGGUUAUGGGGUCGUCCCUUCCUUUUGAUUCAUGAGGAGGAAGAAAAAGAAGGGUCUUCUGGGAUUUUCUCAGUUCUUCCUGUGUUUAGUAUCAUAGAUAGUAAUUAGAGAAACGAGAAAAAAAUCUUCUUUUUUUUUCCAGUUGUUUGGUAUUCAUCUGUAAAUUAAUCUUGAUCAGGGGAAUAGUAAGUGUCGAUUUGCAGAAGUUGUAGCCUCUCAUUUAGGGUGUAAAGUGUUCUUACGUUUUUUUUUUGGUAAGUCUUUGUUUAUAGCUUUUCCUCCGUCGUUCUGUUUCUCUUUUCCAGUUUAGUUUUCUCUUAUAAAAUCAAUGUAUCUGUUUCUGGAUCGCCAUUGGUUCUUGCCCAAA